UGUGUGUGAGAGAGAGAGAGAGAGAGAGAGAGAGAGAUCUGGUGGAUUGUUCUCAAAUGUUUGGAAAGUUAAAGCUCCUACUAGACGCCGUGUUAAGGUCUGAGAUGCGAGUCAUUACAAGUACAUCUACACACUUCGAAAUUCAGCCCCAUUAUUUCAAAAGAAGCUCCUGUUCAAUUGCAUCUACUUUCUAACUGUGAAGAAAACACGAUGUACACAAGAGACGGCAUUUUCAAAGUCUGCUGCAGCGGAAUCUACAGUUGCUACUGGAAAGGACUUAAAGAAAGAAACCCAGGAUGUAAAGGCUUCUGGUUCACCUUCCAUUUUCUGAUGUCCAUUCUGACCCUGGGGUGGAUUUACAUUUGCUUUGUUGCUUACAAUGACCACAAUGAUGUCAACUGGAAAGCCUUUAAUAUACUUGGUGUUUGGAUACACUGGUACAUGGCUGUUAUUAUUCUGUCUGCAGUACUGGCCAUAUACUGUCUCCUGCUAGUGGUUUUUGCAUUGGUGCUGUUUUCUAUGAAAGAACCUUUGGACUUGCACUGUAUACAUAAGUUUUUGCUGUUUGUGGGCCUAAUAAUAGUUGGGUUUGGCGUAGCUGGAAUAAGCAUAGAAUGGCGUGAGGAAUGGAAUACCAUCCAUAUGUCUUUGCAGGCCACAGCUCCUUUUCUGCAGCUGGCUGCUGUUGCGGCCUUGACUGUAAUCAGCUGGUUUGUGUUCGAGAAAUUCUUUAGAGCUCAAACGACUGUAUGUAAGGUCUUCAUCAUUGGGACAUUAGUGGCAGUUGCGGCCCUGAUUUUCCUCAGUCCAUUGAAGAUUUAUUCUCCAUGUAUUACUGAUAAUCUUCCCCCUAAACCUGCCCUUGUGGCCCAUCGUGGUGCACCUCUGCUGGCUCCAGAAAACACUUUAAUGUCUUUCGAGAGAAGCAUCGAGUGCAAAGUCGCAGCAUUCGAGACAGAUGUACAGCUUAGCAAGGACAACGUUUCCUUUCUUAUGCAUGACCAUGGAAAAGAAUUUCUAAAGAGGACAACUAACGUGGCUGCCGUUUUUCCUAAUCGAAAAUAUGACACGAGUCAUGACUUUACUUGGGAAGAGCUACAGGGGCUAAAUGCGGGCGAAUGGUUUGUCAAGACAAACCCGUUUUGGUCCGUAUCCUCGCUUUCGAAAGAACAGAAGGAACUUGCUCGAGAACAGCGAAUAGCAUCUCUUGCAGAACUUUUAGAGCUUGGAAAGAAGCACAACAUCUCUGUCAUAUUUGACAUAAAGAACGAGGAGGAUGACUGCGAGCACAUUGUGACGACUGUCCUGAAAUCCAACAUUCCACAUAAUUUGAUUUGGUGGCUCCCUUCAAGAUGUAGAGACACUGGAUUCCGUCAGGUGUACGACAAGCCGUUAAAUGAAAGUGUCAGCGGAGAUUUUCUGAACUUAAAAUAUAGUGCAUCCAGUACUAAGGAGAUUAGUAAGUCACGGGAGAAGGAUAUAUCUGUCAACCUGUGGGUGGUGAAUGAGCGCUGGCUUUUCUCAUUGCUCUGGUGCUCGGGGGCAAGCUCUGUGACCACCAAUACCUGCCACCUCCUCAAGGACAUGUCUCGGCCUGACUGGCAUCUGGCCCCUUACGUAUACAGGAUUAUCUGGAUCACUGCUGACGUGGUGUCAUUCUUCGUGACGGUCAUACUGUUCUUUUUACAAAAGAGAAGAAACACAAGACGAAGCAUUUCAUCCUGGAGUCAAUUAGGUCUUUAUUACAGACCACAUUUAAUCACCUGAAUAGUUUUGUUAUACUUCCCUAAUACAAAGAGUCCGAACAGCAUAUAGUAAAUUACCUAAAGCAUCACUUCAUGGAAAGUACUUCAUGGCCAACCUGUUAAAAGGUAGUAUUAUGUUAAACAAAGGUUUAGGGACUUGAGUAAAAUACUUUAUGGUGGUGCCCCUGUAGUAUCACAUGAAUCUAUAAAAAUAUAGUAUAAAAGCACAGUUCAAGACAAAGUCCCAAUGAAAAACCUCAUCAUACUGGGUUUAGCUAGUUUUUGGAGUCCCUAGUAGAAUCCGUGGUAGAUCAUUAUCCUGGAAAAACAAGGCUUUAUAGUGGAAAAGUCCUAGAGGCUCUGUACAGAUUUCCAUAUUUGUACUAUUAGACAGUUGUUUGCACAGAUUACUCUCCUGUGACAUUCCUGACCUGUGAAAAUAUACUGUCUAUUAUGAGCUCUGUACACAGCUUUCCAAACUUCCCCAAAGUAAUGCUAUUGGACCCAUCAGUUAGAAGUGCAGUUAAACUAGUUCUAUUCAUAUGGGCACUCAUGGAGGUCACUCUAUGUAGUCAUAAUCAAUAGAAAGAAAUUGGAAGGCCAUGCAACAAGGUUAAAUAACAUUACAGAAUUUUCUACACCACCAAACUAAUAGUUGAAGUUACUGUAUAUAUGUUUUGAAUCAGCAGGUUGUGUCAUAUUUUUAGAAAACCUUUAAUACGUUCAUUAAAGUAGAACCAUUGUCCUGGAAAAGCAAAGCAUUAUAGUGGAAAAGUCCUGAAGGCUCUUUACAGAAUUCCAUCCUUGUGCUAUUAGACAGUCGUUUGCACAAAUGAACCUAAAGAUGCUUAGAAAUAACUUUCCUAUGAUCUGUGACAUUCCUGACCUGUAAAAAUAUACUGUCUGUUAUAAGCUCUGUACACAGCUUUCUAAACCUCCCCAAAGUAAUGCUAUUGGACCCGUCCUUUAAACUAGUUCUAUUCAUAGGGACACUUAGGUACAGACUGCAUUUUUCACCUGCACGAGUCGAGUUCAUACAAGUUGCAGAAAUCAGACUGCUAUGACGAGUAUGUAUAAACUACUGAACUUUAACUUUAUUAAUGUGUUAUCAACCACUAUCAUUUGCUUACAUCAUAAAAUCUACUUAUCGGAAUGAAAUGUUAGAUUGAUUUAUGGCCGUUACCAGCACAACUCUUUGGUUUGUUAAGGGUUCAUUAUUUUGAUGUUUAUUACUUUAUGAACAUAAUAUAUUGCACUAAUAGAUGAUUCUGGGAUCAAGCAUGUGGGACAUUGUUGUUUACAAAAUAUGUUGUAAUGGUUUGUUAAUUUCAUAUCGCAUUUUAUUUUUGUAGCUUUUUAAUGUUUAUGGAUAGUUUAUACAAUUUAUUUGUGAAGGGCAUUUAUGGGAAUUGUAAUGAUAAACAGAUUUGUAAAGAUUAUUGUAUCAGGUCUUACUGAAACAGCAUAAGUGUACUUCAUUGAGAAUAGCUCCUUUACAACUUGGUAUUUACAUUAGUAGAGUUUUUAAAAGGCUUUUUUGUAUGGAUGGGGGACUGUCAUAUAUUAUGUCUAACUGAGCCAAGGGAAUUGCAAAAAAGUAAAAUAAUAAAUGGAAGUCAGAUUAAUAGUGUUAAAAUUGAUUUGUUUUGAUUUAUUUACACAGAGUUACAGAGUUUUCAGAUUUCAGAGUAAAAUUUAAAUAAAAGUAAACGUCGUG